GCCGAAAGGGGAUUUUUGCUCUAUAUUUGUCUCAGAACAAGUCCAUUAGGGUUCUGAAUGCAGUUUGCCACUCCUGCCUUGUUGAGAAAUGGAAGAAGAUCACUUAAAGGCAGAUUCCUCGGCUGGGGAGGGGGACACGGAGCCCAGCAUGCUACUCCAGAAACUCAAGAACAACAUUUCUAAAAAUGUGCAGUGCAAAGUGGACAAAAUUUUGGAAGAUGUGCAGCGUUUCUCUGACAAUGACAAACUCUACCUUUAUCUACAGCUACCCUCAGGUCCAAGUGCAGGGGAGAAGAGUAGUGACUCAAACUCGGUCAACACAGCAGACCAGCUUCACACCUGCAAUUGGAUUCGUAGCCACUUGGAAGAACAUCCUGACACCUGCCUGCCUAAACAAGAUGUUUACGAGACCUACCGGAAGCACUGUGACAAUUUACAACAUCGACCUCUAAGUGCAGCAAACUUUGGAAAAAUCAUCCGAGACAUCUUUCCUAACAUUAAAGCACGAAGACUGGGUGGAAGAGGACAGUCCAAAUAUUGCUAUAGUGGGAUACGUAGAAAAACUGUGCUAAACAUGCCUUUACUGCCCAACUUGGACCUCAAAAAUGACCCGUCUGAAUUGACAGAACUGGUGCAAACCUACAAGCAAGAGGUCACUGAAGCAGCUUGUGAGCUCAUCUGUGACUGGGCCCAGAAGAUCCUGAAGCGCUCGUUUGACACAGUGGUGGAGAUUGCACGCUUUCUCGUGCAGGAGCACAUUGUCAACCCACGCUGCAGCCAAGCCGAACUCGUCACCUCAGCUGCUCUGGCAGGUGGACCUUCCAAACCUCAUAAGGUAAUCAAAAAGAUUCCAGCAUCUUCCCGAGCAGGUGGAGCUGAGGAAUUUGGUGGCAGUGCGGAAAAUAAGCAGAAUGAGAAAGAUGCUGUGGAACAGCCACCAUCUAAUAAGCAACAGGUUAGUGAAAAGCCACCCAACAAGGUGGAGUCUGCUCGGGUGGAGGCUUACAUGAAGAAGUUGCCCCAGCUCCUCCCCAGAGGUUCCAUUCAAGAGAAAACCUCUCCACCAUGUCUCGCACCUGCUGAUUCAGGCAGCGUUCAAGUUACUUUACCCAUUACAGUUGCUACUAUACCGUCUCAACCAGGUGGCACGGUGCCCGUAAUGAUCCUGCCAUCAGGCAUGAGUCUUUCAUACCCAGAACGUGACAAAACAUCAGUUACGGUUGCGUCAUCCACUGCUCCAACGCCAGUAGUCCAGAGAGCACGAGCACCCGUCCCUAAGAGGGGCCCUGACCCCUCCUCCACCUCAGUUUCAGCCUCUGGCUCUGCUGGAGUUGCUCCUAAACGCAAAAGAGGACGACCCAGAAAACAUAGACCAGAAGAUCUGAUAGCACAAGUUCCCUCAGCCCAAACCACGAAUCCAAAUUCAGCUUCGCUCUCGAGAGGAAUAAUCCAGAAGGCUUUGCCUUCCUGUACACCCGCCACUUCGCAAGUAGUAGAAAUUGUGAUCCAGGACCAGCAAAAUCUGGUUUUCGGCCAACUUCCUGCCAUCCAGGAAGUGUCAGAUGUUGAGCGUAGAGGUGUUGUGGUGCAUUGCCAACCUCCACCAGAACCCGAGCAGCAGUCUGUCUUGAUACUACAAGGGCCCAACCAACCCAGUUACGAGUUGAGUCGGGGUAUGGUCAUCCAGCGAGCACCGCUAUCUAGAGAGGGAAGACCUACUCUUCAAGAAGUGCCACAAACCGCCAUCUCCUACCUCCCUCCACCAACAUUAUUAGAAGACAGAGGAGAAGUCGAAAUUACUCUGACUCCUGUGGAGCCACUGGUCGAUUCCAUACCAAACUCAGCAGGGAUCUCCAGCUCAUUUGGCUCCUUGUCUGGAGAAACCCCUAAACUAGAUGCCCCAUAACCCCAGCACACCAGCCAUCUUUUCCACUGAGACUUUGAAAUACCAUGAUAUAGAUGUGCAUUGCCUUUCCAGUGCUUCUUUGAAUUGUAUACUAGUUCGAAGGUCAAACUGAGUUGUAGCAUUCGGGCUGAGUUUGAUUGGGUGUGUUUGCUUUACAGGGUGUCUUAAGGCACGGAAACAAAGUACAAUCUGUCGUUAAUGCAAUUGGCAGUUGUGCUUCAACAAAACACAUUUAAACAGCGACUACAUGCUGUUUAAAUGUUUAAAUAUUAUAAUAAUGUUGACAUUUAAAAGUUAGGUGCAGUCACCUCAUGUUGGAAUUACCAUGAUUACGAGAUGUCAACUCAGAGGUUCGACUUGGCGAUGUCGGCCAAGAUUUGAAACAGCUGCUGCCAUUUUGUUCUUUACACAACGUCACAAUGGUCAAUUAAUAGGAAUUGGAGAUUUCAUAAAACUGUUUUCAAAUUGUAAUCACAGUAGGAGUUUAACAAAGACCUGAGUCUUUGAUGUGAGCCAACAUGAUGUGAAUGCACCAUUAAUUACUGAAGAUUCCAGGAUUUUUGUUAAAGAGAUUAUUAACUGCACACCUAAGAGGACUAAGACAAAUAGACCUUGAAGAUAUUAUCACUUUGUUUCGAAAAAGGAUGUAUGUUGGAGUGAAUUUAAUGCAUUUCAAUCCAAUUUUAGUCAAGAGGAAACUGUCGGGGAAAUGUAGCACGUAAAAGUCCAAUCUGGUCAACCUCAGUUUUGGUGUCUGAUGUAAAAGUCAAAAGAGGAACAUCUAAAAAAAAAAAAAGAGUUAUUAAUCGUAGUUACUCGUAGGAGUUACAUACCGUUCCUCUGUGCCAUCUGUCCCCAUUUUCAGUGCCAGAAGAGCUAUAACGGUCGUUGCAUGUUUGUGUUUGUAAACAUCAGUUGAAACAUUUGAGUUUUCUAGUUGUUCAGUUGACGAAGAGUGGUAUUACGGGCUUGUAACUUCAAGGUUGUAAAAGCUUACGACCACAAUAAGUGACUCCUUCACUCAAUGAUUGGGUAAUAUUUAUGUGUUCACGUUUUAAGUAUUAUUAAUGUCGCAAAUAAUUACUACAUUGAGUUGCUGUUGUGAAGGUCAAGAAAACACUCAUGGUUAAGAUGGUGCAAUAUGUAGGUGGAUAAAACCAUUAUAUAUAAAUAUGCAAAUGAGGCUUAGAUUUCGAGAUUCUCACAAUACCCUGUAUUCAAGUCUGACCAGUCGUACCUUUACAGCAACAAACAAAAUAGCACUUAACAGAUGUAAAUAAUUUAUCCAUAAGCCCAUCUUCCAAUCUUCAUUGGUUAAGUGUACUGUAACUAAUUUAAAAUGUUUUAUUUUCCAAAUGUAUAUCCAUCGUCACUAUAUUGCUACUUGCAAAUAUUAUUCUUAUUAUUAGUUGCUAGGAAAGUGUGCACUGUCACCCUAAAAGCAUGUACAAAAUAAUUGAUAUGUUAAGAUACAUUUCUGAAAUUUGAUUAUAUUCUUUUAAAUUCUAACUGAAAUGUGCUAAUUAUUUAUUUAUUCAAGUUUUACAGAGCUUGAGCCUCAACAACCUCUAGUUGAGUUAGAGUUGACAAUGUUUUAAAGGAGAAUUCCGCCUUUUCAUUUUGUAGCCUUUUGUACUAGUAUUUGUUCCCGAUGCUACACUUGAUCUUAGCUAAAAGCCCAGUACUUUCUUUUUAAAGAUUAUGCCCAAAACACACUCAUAUACUAUUCUUGUUUACUCUGCAAAUAUAAUUUUUUUUUUAUUUUGGCUCAAAAGAAUUCACAAUUUCCAAAGAACUAAAAAAUGUGAAAUAUAUAUAUAUAUUUGUUGAAAUAGAUACAUUUAUUUGAUGUAUUAAAUAGAGGAAACACAUUUGCUAAUCUGCAUUUGGUUUGAUGUGCUUUGUUAAAAGCAGACGUUUUGAAAGGCUAUGAAAUGAAAAAACAAAACAAAAGAAAACUUUCUAAAAACCUACUUAGGAAGACUUCAGCUCAACUGAGGCUGCUGGUAGUUAAAAGUAUGGAAGCCCGUUUCUGCUGCAUUAAAUUAAAUUAGUCAUUAUAUUCGAUAUAACAUCGUUAUUUUGAGGUAGUAUCUCUUUAUUUUGAGAUAUUAUAAAAACAUUUUGAGAUGUAAAAAUAAUGACUUGUGGGCUGGAUUUUUUUUUUUUUUAUGUUGCGGAAAUGGGCUUCCAUACAAAAUAGAUUUAAUAGGCACUUAAUUAAAAAAUAAAUAAACCCACUCCAAUUAUGUAUGAAGAGAUUUGGGGUCAGAUUAGUAUUUAUUCAAAUGCUGUAGUAAUAUAUGUGAGAUGAGCAUGGGGAGGAUUUUACUAUUGAGGAAUGGUGCUUUAAAGAAGCUAAACAGGUUUAACUAUCAUAGAAAUUGAUUGUGAUUCACGUUGCAGCGAUUUCACCCAAUCAGCAGUUUGACUGCACUUAACAUCCGCUGCUUGAUGGUGCUGAUUCUGGGUAGAAUCAUCAAGGUACUUAUGGUAUCUGUACAUUAGUAGCAGAACAACAGCCAGCUACUGUUGCAUCAGCAUUAGUUAUGUUAAGUCUUGUGAUUAUGGAUACGCUAUAUAGACAAAAUGCACAAUCCCAUAGAUUUCGUGUUAAGUUUUAAAGAAACACGGCUGCUUAAUUUGCUCAAAGCUGAAAUCAUAUGAAUCCCUUCUCAUGAUUAAAGGAGGUUUCAUCUGGUACAGUGUUAUAUUUUCUAUUCUGAUGUUUUUUUAUUUUUCCAGUGCACAGUUAACUUUCAAUCUUUGCAUUUGAAUGUUGCAUCUCACCCUUCUUGACUGAGUUAAUGUGAUUUAAAAUCACAAAAUAAAUUGAACUGUUGUGGAAAUAAAAAUGCAAGGCAGAAUGUUAGGGACUGACUGCCUCGGUCGCCUUUCACUUUCAUUGCAUCUGCUUUAAAAUCAAUGAAGGUGAAUGGUAACUGAGGCUGUCAGUAAAUCAAUGACAUGAUGUUCAUAUUUGGGAUAACUGUAAUUUUAAUAAACUAAAAAGAGUUUAUGAAGUGUUGUUUUAGACCAGUCUAGCUUGCUGUAUCAGUGUCUUAAUUGCAGCAUUCAAAUAACUGACUGAACAAUUGUUCAUUAGUCAAAGAUUUUACAAAAUGCAAAACUAAUGCACGAGUUAUAAGAGGGAUAGCACUGAAAUCAGUUUAAUAUAUAAGGUUGUUCCAUGGGAAUAUGUUUUGAUAACAUGAGCAAACUAUAAUAGUACAAAUAUAUCCACUUAUGGAUAUAAUAUUCAUAACCUUAUUGUUGUCCAUCGACAAAUAAUGUUUUUUUUUAUUUUUUAUUGUUGUUGUUAAAAGUACAGUGUCAAAUGUCACAGGUAUGUAAAAUGUUCAGUACAACAUAGUGCCUCAUACAUACACUGUGCUCUAAGUAUAUACAUUUUCUUUGCAUUAUUUAUUGUGAUUUAGCUCUGAAGCUCCAAACAGAUUUUGUUAACUCUUUGGUAAAAGGCUAAAAAAAACUGUUGCGCCGAAUGCGCUCAAUAAUACAGGAAAACCAAAAUGACACAGUGAUCCCACAAGUGCAUCAAGAUGGUGAUUGUGUGUUUGUAUCCAUCAUUGCAGGUCAUUCUUAUGUUUCAUUGUGACUAAAUCAAACGCAACCAAUCGCAGUCGUGUCUAGACUCUUACCUUUUCACUGAGUCAUUAGCAUGUGUUAAUUAGCAUACGUUUUCCUUUGAGUCCAGAUAAAGGAGUUUUAUAUCAACCAAGUGGAAUUUGCAUAAACAUUCAUUUGUUGUGAGUGUCAGUAAUAUGCCAUGAGUUAAUCCUGACCAUUUUUACUAUAAUUUGUCCGAUGUUGUAAUCUGUUGACAACCAUUUUUAGCCAGUCCAUGCAUGGUUUGUGUAUUGAAUAUUUUUUUUUUUUUUUUUAAAAAAAAGGUCAGACAUUGUACGUAUGCCUGGUUGGAUCUUGUAAUUGUUUGGAGUUGGGCCGUUUCUUUUAAAAAAUUGUGACCCUGGUGUUUGUCUUGCACUUUAAUUUUCUUAUCAGAAAGCACAUGGGGGGAGGGGGGAGAGAGUAAAUGCAGCACCUUGUAUGUUAUUUGUUUUUGUACUCAAAAUCAUAAAGUCUUCUUUUUGAAAAGCUUUUCUUCUUUUGUAUUUCAUGUAUGUUUUUCCAUGUUCAAACUGUAAAAUUCAACAUCUUCCAUAUAAAAGGAAAAACAACCUCUGACUGUGAGCACAUUUUCAUAAAUUUCAUAAAGCACUA